GGCCGGAAGUGGCAAGAAUCAACUGCCGGGCGGCCUCGGGAAGCUCGUCACCUCGGCUAUGGCGCCGGAAACAACUAAAAAUCCUUCUUUUCUUCUUCUGCUUCGUCUCCACUCUUGUAAAUCCCAUCCGAUGGAAGCUAGGCGGGGCGGAGCUCGCUUGAGCUCCCCUCGCCGGCCAGCCUACAAAUACCCCAACCCAGCCCGGCCUGAAGAACUGUUCAAGGUUCGUUCUCGGUGCCCUCGCCGCGAAUGGCGGGUUAUUUGGCGGAGGAUUGGGGGGAGAGCUCUUCGCCGCCCAGGGCCGCCGGCGUCGAUGGCGACGGCCUGCGGCGCAGGAUAUACGAGCACCUGCUGCUGCUGGAGGCCAGCAACAGCAGGCAUGGGGAGUGUCCUCCGCCUGAUGCUUCCUCUUUCCGGGAGAUGCUCGACACCCAUUUCGACAGGCUGCCGCUCAGCUACCUCGUGGACUCGUCCAAGGCCGCCGGUGAAGACGUGCUCCUCCACCGGAGUAUCCUCCACCAGUGCGCUAGCACCGGCUACCCCGUCUUCAGCGCUCGCUUCCUCCAGUGCUUUACAAUUCAAACGGACUACGGCUACGAGGGGACCGAUACUGAGUCUGAUCUAUGCCAAAAGUUAUCGGAAGAUCUCACUUUAGAAAGCAAACAUGAUGCCGACGACAUGUGCACUACGUCUGCCUCGUCAAGGACUUCGGAACCUAACUUUCUUCAUGAAAUCAUCUUCUCCUCCGUCAACAGGCCCAAGCUCCUUAGCUGGCUAAUUACAUUGCUAUCUGACGUUGGACUGAAUAUUCAUGAAGCUCAUGUUUACUCCACAACCGAUGGCUUUUGUUUGGAUAUCUUUGUUGUUGAUGGGUGGAUGACAGAGGAGACAGAUGAGUUGAUCAGGAUGUUUAAUGAUGUGACAACACGAAAAUUUGGAUCACCUCAUAAAAUACGUGAGCUACAACAACAGGUUGGAGAUUCUGAAAUCGACUGGAGUAUGUUAACAAAGGGGGAAAGGAUUGCAUCUGGAACUUCUGCUGACUUAUAUAGAGGAACGUUUAGUGGUUGUGAUGUUGCUAUAAAGAUGCUCAAAUGUACUGAAGAUCUCAAUAAUCCUUCCGGAGUUGAGUUAUUGCAGGAAGCACUUAUUCUAAGGAUUGUCAAUCACGAAAACAUCAUUAAAUAUUAUGGGGCAUGCACAAACCAUCCAAAUUAUUGCAUUGUAACAGAAUACAUGCCUGAAGGGAACUUGUAUGAAUUUCUACACAAGCAAAAACAUCUUUUAGACCUCCGUGAGAUUCUAAGGAUUGCUAUCAGUAUCUCAAAAGGAAUGGAAUAUCUGCACCGGAAUAACAUAAUCCAUAGAGAUUUGAAGACUGCAAAUGUGCUCAAAGGCUACGGUCAAGCUCUGAAGAUUGAAGGCUUCAAUGUGGCUAUACUUGGUAGUCAGGAGGACCAAAUGACUGCUGAAACGGGAACAUACAGAUGGAUGGCGCCCGAGGUUAUUAAUCAUAAGCCUUAUGAUCACAAAGCGGACGUGUUCAGCUUUGCUAUUGUUCUGUGGGAAUUGGUAACCUUAAAGGUCCCAUAUGACAAGAUGACGCCCUUGCAAGCUGCAUUGGGAGUAAGGCAGGGAUUCCGCUUGGAGAUCCCACCAAGGGUUCACCCGGGGUUAUCGAAAUUGAUUCAACAAUGCUGGGAUGAAGAUCCCAACGCACGGCCCGUUUUUGGGGAGAUCAUCAUACAACUUGAGGACAUCUUACAACAAGUUCAGGUGCACAGGGGAGGCCAUCAACGAUUUAGAGCAAAAAAGAUGCAAAAGAUAUCAUAGUGGACAUCUUUUUUUUUUUCAUUUCAUCAUGUAAUGGUGUUUAAUAUCAUUGUUUAUAAUUAUUUUUCCAUUUAAAAUGUAUGUAUGCUAUGUAAUAGUGUUCAUAACCAUUUCGUUUGCGCAUGUAAUUGAUCAAGCGGGACAAAGCAUCAACGGGGUCAUUUUGGGAUGAA